CGUGUGAACACCUCAGCCGAAACGUCAAUUUGGAGAUUCAGUUGUCAUGCGGAACUUGUGAAGGUGUUUGUGUACGGAAAGAGCUGGUUGUUACGAUAGUGAGGUGAAAUACUGAAAAGGCCGGAAAAAAUAGACUGUGACGAUGAGCAAGCGAAACAUAUGGUCCUACGAGGAAACGCUGGAAAUGCUUAACAUCAUGCAGGAACAAGAAACUCCGAAAGCCAUGAAUGGUAGACCAUUUCGUAAGGAUAAAGCCUUUUGGUUGGUGAAUGUAGAAAUGGUCCGGCGAGGCUAUACCAACCGGGAUUCCAGGCAAAUCGAAUACCGAUGGAGGAAUCUUAAGCGAGGUUUUGUGGAAAUGCAGAAGAAUGUGAACAACAUAGACACAAGCACGUUUCAGUAUUAUGACGAAAUCGAUUUACUGUUGAAAGGUAAAAGUUCACCGGAAGGCAAUCCGCAAGCGGAUAGUUCAAAAACUAAUUUAGUUGACGCAACACAAGAAGAACAGAUGGAGAAAAAUCCUAAAACAGAUGUAGAAAGCGAACAUUUGCAAGGAGGACACUCUCAAAGACGAUCUCUGCGCACUACGAAGGGGAAAUCGCGUAGAUUCAAUAAGGAGAUUACGCCGACUACGUCGUCUGCAACACAGGCAACAAAGCCGACAGACAAUGAGGUUUAUUCAAAUGAGAAGAAAUUGAUCACCUAUCAAUUCGAACUAUAUAAUCGAAUGCAGCGAGAAUCAGACGAAAAGUUCCUUCAGAUGUGUCGUCAAAGUCUGGAAGAGAGCAAUGAAAUGUUUCGGAACUCUAUAUCGCAAUUGUUCGCUACACAAAAUAAAUGAAAACAGUCUCUUUCCUAUUCGUUUUUCAUGACCUUCCUUUACCUGCACGAUACAACAUGCUGAAGAACAUUAACAUCUAACACCGAAGGACGUCCACCGAAAGAGGUUCCCGCCAAGGAAGGAACCACAAAAAUGAGGAUU